AUUCCCUUACUAAUUUGCGCAAAAGUUCGAUGGAGCUACUGCAUUGAAUAGUGCGUAAUUGUCAUUUUAGUAUUCAAGUCUGCGACUUAAACAUGUUCAUAAUUAUUUGCUCAAAACAGUAAAAUAUUGGGUGCUAUUAGUUUGCAGUUGGAAAAAAAAUUUGUUAACAGCAAAUGCAUAAAAUAAAAUAUGGCUUCUGUCAUAAAACAAGCAACCAACGUCUGUUUAAAUUCAAAUAGAUCACUUGGAAUUGAUCAAGCAUGUUUGAGUAUUAUAAAUAAAUAUAAACAAAAUCUUACAUUCUAUUCUACGUUUUCUGAAUGUAGAUUGUGUCAUGGAAUACCAACAACCAAUUUAUCUGCAGAAAGUAACACAACAUUAUUAGUGUCUACAAAAUAUCCACUUCAUAUGUAUUAUAUGACUAAUCUUGAAUGGUGUCACACGACAUAUGUAUUCAAAGAACAUGGGAGUUAUGGAUGGAAUCUCUCUGCUAAAGAAUUAUGUUCAGAUAUUUAUGUAAUUAAUGAACCAUCCGAUGCUUAUUUUCCAUUACUAGCAGCACUAAUAAUAUUAAUUAUGUUAAUAAUUGUAAUACAAACAGGAAAAGUAAUUCUGAGAGCUAUAAAAUAUUAUUUUGAGCGAGAUACAACAUACAUCCAUGAUGAUUUAACAAGAUUACAAGAAUCUGAAAGUCCAGUUCAACCAAUAAUGAAUAUAACUCGACUAAGUACAAGGAUUCAAUCAGUUGACACGUUUCGAGGUAUUGCUAUACUCUUAAUGAUAUUUGUUAAUAAUGGAGGAGGAGAAUAUGUAUUUUUUAAUCAUAGUGCUUGGUUUGGUCUUACUGUUGCUGAUUUAGUGCUUCCUUGGUUUGCAUGGAUAAUGGGUUUAACAAUAGCAAUAUCAAAAAGGGCAGAGCUUCGUAAUACAUCUUCACGAUCGAAAAUAAUUUUACGCAAUUUUGCCAGAUCAUUGGUAUUAAUAGUUCUUGGUUUAAUGAUUAAUAGUCAAAAAAGUAAAUAUUUAGAAGAUCUCCGUUUUCCUGGUGUUUUACAACUUUUGGCAAUUUCUUAUUUUGUUUGUACUGUGAUAGAAACAAUAUUUAUGAAAUCGCAUUUACAGUUUGGACGAUUCUUUAUUUUAGGAGAUAUUCUAGAAAAUUGGAUUCAGUGGUUGAUUAUUUUAAGUAUCGUUACUGCUCACACUUUAAUAACUUUUCUCUUGCCAGUCGCAAAUUGUCCAAAAGGAUAUUUAGGACCAGGAGGAUAUGAUACUUUCAAAAAAUACAUAAAUUGUACUGGUGGAGCAGCUGGUUAUAUAGACAGAUAUGUCUUUGGUAAUCACAUGUAUGCUCAAACACAAAAUCCUGUCUAUGGAGUUAUAUUACGCCAUGAUCCUGAAGGAAUUAUGAAUACUUUGUCAGCUAUAUUUAUCGUUUAUUUGGGAAUCCAUGCAGGAAAAAUUUUACUAUAUUAUUACCAAUGUAGUUCAAAAAUCUUAAGAUGGCUAUUAUGGUCAUUGAUUACGGGUAUUAUUGCUGGAUUUUUAUGCAACUUUAGUAAAGAAGAUGGUAUAAUACCACUUAGCAAAAAAAUGAUGACAAUUUCAUUUGUCUUGACAACAUGCAGCUUUGCUUUCCUUUUAUUUGCUAUACUAUAUUAUUUAAUUGAUUAUAAGCAAUUUUGGACUGGAACACCAUUUGUAUAUGCAGGAGCCAAUUCAAUAUUUCUUUAUAUUGGACAUUCUGUUACAAUGGGAUUAUUUCCUUGGUCAUGGAAAGAAAAUGAUCAAACGCAUUCUACUCAACUUGUUAUCAAUUUGUGGACAACAGCAUUGUGGUUACUUAUUGCACAUCUGCUUUAUAAGAAAGACAUUGUAAUUACAGUCUAAAUUUCUGAAAGGAAUGUAAUAUAGAUAUUAAGAUAA